AUGAGGACCAUUGCAUCAGACGUUGCACGAAUCUUCGAUCCACUUGGAUUACUGAAUCCAGUGGUGACACACGCCAAGAUCAUACAACAAGAACUCUGGAGACUCAAAUUAAAUUGGGAUGACUCUACACUGACAGAAAUUCAUACUAAAUGGAAUGAAUUUGCAUCACAACUUCCUCUCCUCAACAAAAUGCAGUUCAAACGACAAGUUACAUCGAAUCUCAAGCAUUUUGAAGUGCACGGUUUCUGUGAUGCCAGCCAGAGUGCGUAUGGAGCCUGCAUUUAUCUCAAGUCAAUCGAUGAUAACGGAAAAAUCCAGAUCAACCUCUACUGUGCUAAAUCUCGAAUCACUCCUCUCAAAGGCAAUCACACCAUCCCUCGCUUGGAACUCUGUGCAAUGGAACUCCUCUCUAACCUGUAUGACACAGUGAAGAAAGCAACAGACCUCACACCACAACGAGAAGUUUUUUGGUCAGACUCUACUGUCGCUCUCCACUGGAUUAGAACAUCUCGUCACCUCCUUCAACGAUUCGUGGCUAACAGAGUAUCUCGAAUCCAAGAUCUCACCAAGAACAUAGAGUGGAGACAUGUACGCACACACGACAAUCCCGCAGAUGCAGUAUCCAGGGGUGAACUUGCCUCUGACUUCUUGAAGAAUCAUCUGUGGCUGCAUGGACCCAGCUGGCUCCAUGAUCCUAAAGAGCAUUGGCCUCAUCUCCUCAUAAAAAAGCCCUCAGAAUUACCUGAACUUCGAAAAAUUGCUUGUCUUCAUGUCACUGAACCCGCCAGCAAUCUCUUUCUACGUCGGUAUUCCUCAUUUGAAAAGCUCAAACGAAUCACUGGAUGGUGCUUAAGGUGGCGCAAGAGACUUUCCCACAAAUAUCUCACUCUCCCAGAACUUGAAGCAGCCGAAACUAAACUUCUCCAACUAGUUCAAGAAGAAGCCUUCUCCACAGAACUCUCACUACUUCGGCAAGGAAAACCUCUUUCUUCAAAAAAUCGUUUAAAAAACCUCAGUUUGAAACUCGAUGACAAUGGACUCAUUCGAGUUGGUGGUCAGCUAAGAAAGGCUCGUAAUUUUGCCCUAGAUGGCAAACAUCCCAUAUUGCUAUCAAAGGGGCAUUACAUCACUCACCUCCUCAUCAAGAAAGCUCACUUGGCCAAUCUUUACCCAGGCAUCCAGACAACUCUUCAUCUACUCAGGCAGCGAUACUGGCCCAUUGAUGGGCGCAGUCAAGUACGAUUCAUCAUUCACAAGUGCAUCAACUGUGCCAAGGUAGAUCCACCUUCAGUCAACUAUCCCAUGGCAGAUCUCCCGAGCGCACGCAUCACACAGGCAAACCCCUUCACUCACACUGGUGUGGACUAUUGUGGUCCCUUCCUCAUCAAAGAACGAAGAUACCGUAAUCUCAAGAAAAUAAAAAUUUGGAUCAGCAUAUUCGUGUGCUUCACAUCAAAGGCAGUACACAUCGAACUCGUCAAUGACUUGACCAGUGAAGAAUUUUUGCCUACACUCAGCCGAUUCAUCUCUCGACAUCCCUCCUGCAAGGCUCUCCACUCAGAUAAUGCAACAACAUUCAUCGGUGCAAACAAAGAGUUGAAGGAACUCUAUACACUUCUCAACGACGAAAAGCACGGUGAAUUCAUCAAUCGAAAGCUGAAUGAACAAGGCAUCGAAUGGAAUUUUAUCCCCCCUUUCAAUACUUUCUGCAUCAAAAUUGAGGGAAUCCUCAAUUCAAGACUAUUGACUCCAUUAUCAUCCGAUCCAAACGAUUUCAACGCUCUCACGCCUGCUCACUUCCUGCAUGGAGACAUUACCACUGAUCUCCCUGCACCUGAUUGGACAGAGGUCCCUAGCAAUCGUCUCUCUUACUGGCAACACCUUGAGAAGAUUAAGCAACAUUUCUGGAAUCGGUGGCAUAAGGAGUACCUCUCCGAACUCAACAUCCGUCAUAAGUGGACUUCAGGACACCAUGACAUUGGCGUUGGAACAUUGGUGCUCUUGCGCGACGACAAUUUACCCCCUCUAAAAUGGCGCAUGGGCCGUGUCAUUGAAAUCUACCCAUCAGACGAUGGCAUCACCAGGAAGGCUAGCCUGCGGACAUCUACUGGAGAAGUAGAUCGAAACGUUCGACGCUUGGCACCACUGCCCGUGGACUCCAGCAACUCCAAGGAAUAA